UCCUGGGUUUUGUCAGGGACAACACAAUGUCAAAUUCGUGUUUAUUUGUGAAAUUGAAACUUAACUAGAAAUAAUUUGUAUAUAAGUAUGAAAAUAGGCCGUAAAUAAAUCAGUAUCCCAGGAAAUGGAAUGUAAACUACUAUUAUACUCACUUAAAUAUCCGUACAGUAUCCUGUUCAAACAAAUCGUCCCCAGUUCACUAGUUUCAAGUAGAUCCUUUGUUUUGUCUUAUAAAAUUAUUGGUGAGGGUGUGACGGAACCGGAGGAACCUCCCAUUUUCAUUUUUCAUGGCCUUCUGGGCAAUAAGAGGCAUUGGGAGGGCAUCGGCAAAACAAUACUGAACAUGACCAAAAGGUGUGUGGUAGCCGUCGACCUCAGGAACCACGGCGACAGCCCACAUUUGAACACUCAUAAAUACGAAGAACAGGCAGCUGAUAUUCUUCAUCUGUUUGAUAAACUGGGUGUGACACAAGCUAGCCUCAUCGGGCACAGCAUAGGUGGGAAAGCAGCGAUGUGUGUAGCCUUGACACAGCCUAUAAGAGUGGCUGGUGUUCUUGUCGUUGACAUUUCACCGGCAUCGAUUUCAAAACAUUAUAACGACCAUUUUCAAAGGAUACUAGCUGCUAUGAAAGCCGUGACUUUUAAAAAGCCUGUGUCCGUGAACGAAGCAAGAAAAGAAGCUAUGAACCAGCUAAAAGAUGUGGUCACUGACGAUUUUCUAUUAAAAACUAUAUUAAGCAAUAUCAAAGAAAGAUCAGACCACACGAUCGGGUGGACUCUGAAUAUAGAUACGUUAAUGAGACAAUUCAAACAUAUUGUAACGUUUCCUAAGAGCAUGAAGAUGAAAAAAUACUAUGGUCCAACAUUAUUUAUUGGAGGACAACUAUCCGACUUCAUUCCGCCCGACGAUUUGACAGACAUAAGGGCCAUGUUCCCGAAAGCCGUCAUUACAUACAUCCCUAAAACUGGGCACAACUUACACCACGACGAUCCCAGAUCAUUUCUAGAGAUCACGAUUGCUUUCAUCAGAACCCAUCACUUCAAACGUACCUUUAAACACCAUCCUGCAAUGUAAAUGUGUAUUAGCGAUUAAAUAUCUACUAUUUCAAUGAUUAAGUAUUUCUAUGUUGUGACUUGUGGUCGCAGCAGUCUUCAAAACUUUACUUGCAUAGAAAAUUCGAAAGCAUUUUACUACGUAAUACUGAAUCUAUAAAAAAAAAAUAGUAUAGAAAACAUGCAAUAGGAUUUUGGUAUCUAUUAUACCACCUCAUUCUUAUACCUAUAUUUUUAUAGCGUUGGAUGAUAGACGUCAAAUUGACACCAGCAAGGUAAAUAAACUUAGUACGUAAAUAAACCAACUUCUGGCAUGGAAUGGGUGUAUUAUGGUCAAAUAAAUUGAAAAAUUACUCAUUUAUUAAAAGGUUAUGGAACAUAAACGUCGUAAUAACAAGAUCAGCAUUAGAUUUGGCGCACAAAGUCUACGGGCCUAGCCCUCCAAGUGGUACACCAAUAUUUGUCCUCCAUGGUUUACUUGGAUCGAAAAGGAACUGGGUCAGUGUGUGUAAUUACCUGAGGGACUCCACAAACAAUUCUGUGAUAGGAGUAGAUGCUCGUAACCAUGGUGACAGCCCCCAUGAUAGCUCCCACACCUAUCUAGAGCUGGCUUCCGACGUGUCAAGAUUAAUAACAUCAUUAUCACUGAGCCAGGCUGUGGUUAUAGGACACAGUAUGGGCGGCAGGACAGGAAUGACUUUGGCUCUUACAGAGCCGUCAAAAGUAGCGAAGCUAGUCGUAGUAGACAUAUCACCAGUACCAUCGAUACCAUCUGGAGACUUCUUUCCAAAGCUAUUAUCUGUUAUGAAAUCUGUAAGCUUCGAAGGCUUGGAUAGCGCACAAAAAGCAAAGAACGCAGUUAAAGCAAAAAUAGAAGAGUCUGGAUUAGUUAAGAAUGCGGAUCAUAUGUAUUUUAUUUUUAUGAAUAUUGGUCAAGGAACAGACGGUUCAUUCAGAUGGAAAUAUAAUAUCGAUGCCUUAAUAAAAUAUUUUCAUGAAAUUGCCUCUUUUCCGGAUUUGAGUGGCAAAACUUACGAAGGCCCUACUCUGUUUAUAGGUGGCCAGGAAUCUGAUUAUUUACCACGAGAUGACUUAGUAGCAAUAAAGCAACUUUUUCCGAAGGCCCAACUGAAAUAUGUGAGUGGUGCUGGACAUAACGUACAUGCAGAAAAGCCGGAAGAAUUUCUUAAAGUAGUCAUCAAUUUUCUAUCAGAAAAGUGAAUUCUGAUUUUUUGAUAUAUGUAUUUGCUUUUUGUUAAGUCUUUUAACUAGUUUUUUCUUAGUGAAAACAAAGGUAUUUUAUAUUAUGAAAUGUCAUUUUACUACAUUCUGAUAAAUAAAGUAUUUUUUUUUUAGCCUUACUUAAUCAAGCGUGAAUUUGA